AGCACGCGCUAUCAACAGUAAUACACCGGCACAAGGUGUGUUGUUUCUCUCGUUUUUAAGGUUUUCUGUCCAAAUAUGAAAAUUGAAGAGGUGAAAAGCACUGCAAAGGUGCAGCGGAUUUCCGCACAUUCGCACGUGAAAGCCUUGGGGCUGGACGAAAAUGGGGCAGCAAUACGCGCGGCUAGUGGUUUCGUGGGCCAAGAGGCAGCCCGUGAGGCCGCUGGUAUUGUCGUCGAGAUGAUUCGGUCCAAAAAACUAGCUGGACGCGCUGUCCUUUUUGCUGGGCCACCAGGCACUGGCAAGACAGCCAUCGCACUCGCUAUUUCUGCUGAACUGGGCUCAAAGGUACCAUUCUGCCCAAUGGUUGGCAGUGAAGUUUACAGUUCUGAGGUGAAGAAAACAGAGGUGCUGAUGGAGAACUUUCGCAGAGCAAUUGGACUGCGUAUCAAGGAAACUAAAGAGGUGUAUGAGGGAGAAGUCAUUGAGCUAACUCCUGUCGAGACAGAAGCACCGUCAGCAGGCUAUGGCAAAACCAUAAGUCACGUUAUUAUUGGACUUAAAACCGUGAAAGGCUCAAAGCAGCUCAAGCUGGAUCCUUCAAUUUAUGAAAAUUUGCAGAAGGAGAAAGUUGAGAUAGGAGAUGUCAUUUACAUCGAAGCCAACUCAGGAUCUGUCAAGCGGCAAGGAAGGUCUGAUUCGUAUGCCACGGAAUUUGACCUGGAGGCUGAAGAGUAUGUGCCAUUGCCAAAAGGUGACGUUCACAAGAAAAGAGAGGUGGUCAACGAUGUUUCGCUGCACGACCUGGACACGGCAAACUCCCGACCGCAGGGGGGCCAAGACAUUUUGUCUCUGAUGGGCCAGUUGAUGAAGCCAAAGAAGCUGGAAAUCACCGAAAAACUCAGAGUGGAGAUCAAUACGGUGGUGAACAAGUACAUUGAACAAGGCACUGCAGAACUUAUCCCAGGCGUCCUGUUCAUCGACGAGGUUCAUAUGCUUGACAUUGAGUGUUUCACCUUCCUGCACCGCGCCCUGGAGAGCUCCAUCGCACCAAUUGUCAUCUUCAGUACAAACAGAGGCCGCUGCAUUGUCAGAGGAACAGAUGACAUCUACGCGCCACAUGGGAUCCCCCUGGAUCUGCUUGACAGGUUGCUGGUAAUCAGGACAAUGCCUUACUCGCGAGCUGAGAUGGAACAGAUCAUUGCGCUUAGAGCAAACACCGAAAACCUGGCUCUGGAUGACGAGGCUCUUAAAUUGAUAGCAGAUAUCGGAUACAAUGCCACUUUGCGAUACGCUUUGCAGCUUCUGACGCCCGCGGCUCUCAUCUCUAAAGUUGGAGGACACUCUUCCAUCUCCAAGGAUGAUGUGUCAGAAGUAAACGGUUUGUUCUUGGAUGCGAAAUCGUCAGGCAAGAUUCUGAGCAAGAAUGCUGAGAAAUUCCUGGCUUGAAUACUUGAACAAUUUAAGACUCAGUUAUGAGUUGCAAACCUCAGUUCUAUGUUGUGAAUGUGACAGUGAAAUCAGCAGAUGAUAAUUUAGUUUUUUUAUUGGAAUAAAUGAUAAAUUAAUUAAAAAAAA